AUGUCCAAGACAAGAGAAGAGCUCAAGUCCCUAUUGGAUUCAUUUGAAGAAGCUACUCAAUUCUGGAUCAACAGUUUAUCAGAUAUAUCAACUUUUAGUGAGAUCAAAGCUGCCAAAGUAUCUGACCCCAUCAAUGAACUUAACAAAUUAGUUAAACUUAUUAAAGCCCAUACAACUAAAGUAGGUAUAAUCUUCAAACCAGAAAACCUACGUAAAGAAGUAAACCCUGCUUUUAAUACAUUACUGAAAUUAUCUGAAACUUUGGUAUUAACAGUUUCAGUAAUUGUUCAAAUUGAUUCAGCAAAGAUAUCAAAAUUGUUUUAUAAUGAAAUAGUGGAACAAUUAAAACAAUUACUUGAAUCAAACAAUCGUUUUGCUAAAGAGUUAAAGUUGAUUUUUGAAGAUGAUGAAGAUGUUUCUGAACAAUCAGAAUCAAAGAAGAAUGAAAUGGAUGGAAGAUUAGUUUCCGUGGGUAGGGUAUGGUCUAUUUGCGAUUCUCUUGUCCAGUUAUUAACCGAAGGUAACUUAGCAUUGCUUACUAAUAAGAUAAAACAAAGUAUUCUGUUGCUUGAAGAUGGAUUCGAAGAAUUUGCAGAAUGGACAGAAAACCCGGAAGAGAUGAAUGAUGAUCCAUUUGGAUUUAGUGAUGAAGAAGACUUCACCGAUGACGAGGAAGAAGCAACCCCACCAGUAAUGAAUGGACAUAAAGUGACUGAAGAUGAUAAAGAACUCAUAAAAUAUGCCAAAAAGUGGCUCAAGAAGAUUGAGUUGGUUAAAUUGUUAAUUGCAUCUUUUAAGAAAUCAUUACCAAAGUCCACCCCGGGGGAUUCUAUAGACGAAAUAUAUACUAUCCAAAAUCAUUUGGUUUCGCUCAUUGAUAAAUUUAUCGUUGAAUUGAUGCUCGAGAGACGUAUAGAUGAUAAUGAAUAUACGGAUUCAAUUACAAAAGAAUCAAUUCAACUAUCAAAGAUAGCUAGAAAUCUUCAUAAUGACAAAAAGACAAAAUGGUAUGAAACUUGGGAAACCAAAUACAAUAGUCUUUAG